GUCUGUCAGCCUAGACAGGCGUGUGGGACUGUUUCUCUUGCUAUUUCUAUCCUUUCUGAUCGCAUUUUAUGGUUGGCUUUGUUGGUUUUGACUUGGAUUGUUACUGGACUUCUUUGGACUUAGAUUUCAUCUUACUCUAUCGUGGAUUUUAUUGGCUUGACUCUGGAUUGUUACUGGAUUUCCGUGACUCUCAGUUUACAGUAAGUCUUCCCCCUGUAACUAGCUUGCUGGUUAUCUGGGGGGGGGGCUGUUGCCUUUUCCUGGGACCCCCUUUCUCUUUUUUUGACCAAGUUUCUUUGAGGGGCUGGUGGAGUUUCACGCUCCCGUUUUUUCCCAAGUUUCUGGGGCGGAUUGGCAAUUGCGGAGUUUUCGCGCUCCCCUCACUCUCGCCUGGCGGCCAUUUGCAGCCCAUUUUAAUCGGCUUGAUUUUCGGCUUCUUUUUUCUCCCUUGCCUUUCGGAGCCGUCUAGUGGAGCCUCGCGCCCCCAACUAUUGUUUGUGAAGAGUGCCUUCCAGCUGCCCUUCGGAAACGACAGCUUUGUGUUAAAAUCUGUCUAGCCAUUCCUCUUGGCUGCUGCGUCGCCCGAAAAGGGCGCGAAAACUGCUUAGCCGCUUGUCGGCUGCCAUUUGAAAUUCCUGUCAGCGCGCUGCAGCGCCCCAUUUUUGUAGCCUUGAAUCCAAUCAGCAGCAUUAUAUACGGCUUGGAGGGGUUUUAAGCGCCCCCUUGUCUUGUCAGCACAGCCGUUUCUUCCAUUUCGGUGGUUCGCGUUGGUGAAGCUUCGCGCCCCCCUCCCAUCUUUAAUUGUGCUUCAUGCCCGCUGCUGUCAAAAGGCGAAUUUGGAUUGCUACAGCCCUGUGCCUGCUUAUUUCAAGUGGAGUUGUCUGCGCUCCCGUUUUUGGGCGGAUUUGGCUUGUUUCCAGCUCCUAAACCUUCUCACCUUUGCCAUGGUAUUAUUGUUUGAGGCCUCCAGGUUACCCUGUGCCUUCUGGGCUGAUUAAUAACUUUCUGCUCUCUGUCCACAACCAUGCCCAAGGCUUCGCAUAAAUCGAAGCAUUGCCACAAAGCAGGGCGCCCGGAGGAUCCACCGCAUUUAGGGGCCUCUUCUGCCAAUAAGGGGGUGUCUUCUGGUUCCCUUGCUAGGCCCCAUCACAAAUCCUCCUCUCACUCGCUCUUCUCGUGCAGAGGUUCGCCGGAAUAAAGUACUACAAAAACUAUGUGCCAAGGCCAGCGGGCAUCAGCAAUCACUCAAGGAGAUGACUACGGUCUCUCCACAGGCUACAUCAACAGCUGCCCCUGGGGUUCAAGUGGAUCAACUUUCCCUCCAGGACUGCCCUGCAGUGAUUCAACCCGACGCUCUGUGGGGUGUCGCCGCUGUUUCGGACCCUGUUCCGGCAACGUCUUCUGGCAUGCCUCCUCCCGCGUUGCCCGUUUCAUCUGGGUCAGUUUCAGCUCCUCCCCCAACUGUAUCCGACUCUGGUGCGGCACAAAAGCAUGAUUUCAUCUCACCACAACAAAUUCAUCGAUGGAUUGCCACAGCGGUGCAACAGUCCUUGGCAUCCCAAGUUGGGCCCGUCAGCAGAGCUGCAUCUAUCCGCUCCGGCCUCUCUACCUCUCGGGUGGAUGUCUUACAAGACGACAUUCUUUCCAUAGAUGCCCCGGAUUCUCCCGUUGCGUCUGUUUCGAGUCAUGCUUCGUCACUGGCCGAGGAAGUUUCUCAUGAAUUGGAUCUGUCAGAGGAUGAGGGCCUUCCUCCAGACCAGCCUGCCUUUACGGGCCUUUUUCCCCAAGCUUUAUUCAAAUCUUUACUGCACAAGGCCGUCCUCACGGCUCAACUGGGAUCCCCGGCCUCGGCACAGCCUGUCCCUACGACCUCUCAAAGGGCUCUGAAUUCACUCUUUGCCGAACCAUCCAAGCCUGUGGACAUAAUCCCUCCCCCACUUUGUUUCUUGAGGUCAUCCAGAAGCAAUGGUCCUCUCCUGCAUCAGUCCCACCUCUAUGGACCGACGGAACUACUGCAUGGCUCCGGAUCUGGCAGACCUUCUCCAGGUUCCAUCCGUCGAUGUUCCAGUGGCCGCCCUCUUGCCGCACGCCCCGGUUCCUGGAACUUCAGAUGAAAGCCUCCGUCCUGAAGAGCGUCGGGCGG